AUGAAUUUUAUGAAGCUGAUAUCAAUUUUUUCAUCACUUUUAGUAGUAUUCAAAUGUUACGCCGAAAGCGCUUCGUUGCGAAUAGUUGGAGGUCAAGAUGCGACGCCAGAACAAUUACAGAGCAUAGUCAGAAUAGAGAUAAAAAUGAACGAUAUAUCAGAAUAUAUAUGCUCUGGCUCUGUUCUGUCAUCGACUUGGGUACUAACUGCAGCCCAUUGUUGUGAUGAAGCGCCUGCAUACAACAACCAUACAAUGGUCAUAAGAUAUAAAACAGGAUUCGAGAUUCCUUUUAUCAAUGAUAGUUUCAGUGAAGUCGUUGAGGUGAAAAUACAUCCCUUCUUUAUAAGUUUAGACAAAAGAAAUACAUGGAUCUCUAAGAAUGAUAUUGCUCUAUUGAAAACAACUCCAAUGAAAUUGGAUAGAUACAGGAAGAUAAGCGCGAUAGACUACACGGUAAUGUUUGGCCAAGAAACAAUCGCAGCUGGAUAUGGCAUCACCAAAGACAGUCACACUAAUGUAUAUGACACCUCCUCGGCCCUUAAUAAAACACUACAAGUGGAAAAGUUUCUAGCGAGUAAGUGUUCGUUAGAUGAGACAAUAUUAUUAGUGCAUCCAAGUAUAUGUCUCAGUCCUCGAUGUAAUGAGAGAGUUGCUUUAUGUGGUGGGGAUUCUGGAGGGCCUUUGUUAUAUUCUUCGAAAAUCGUCGGCGUGUUGAUACUUAGCAGCCAGAUUAGAUGUGGGCCAUAUGUCAAAGUAAAUGCAGAAGAUGUGGAUUUUGGAGUUGCCAUUCCCGUUAGUCCCUAUAUUCAAUGGAUUCGUAAUACAAUAAAAUUAUGA